AUUGCCACAUAUGUCCACAGCUAGCAAAAAUACAUUUCUACUUUAGUACAAGUCCCGCAUGGCUCAAGUAGUUUUUGAUCAGCUCGCCUGCGACUCACCGACGGCAAAAGUUUUUCUCCUUGUGCUCCUCCCUCUCCUACUACUCUUCGUGCUGCUGCGCUGCUUCUUCACCACGGGGGCAGCGAGGAGUAGUCGAGGCAGAAAGAGCCUGCCUCCCUCCCCUCCUGCGCUGCCUCUGAUCGGGCAUGUCCACCUCGUCGGUGCGCUCCCGCACGUCUCGCUGCGGGCCCUCGUCGAGCGGCAUGGUGUCGAUGGCCUCCUGAUGCUCCGCCUAGGUGUGGUCCCAACUCUGGUGGCCUCCUCCGCGCGCGCUGCGCAGGCUGUCUUGCGCACGCACGAUCAGGUGUUCUCCUCCCGGCCGCGGUCCGUGUGUGGGGACGUGCUUCUGUACGGGCCGUCGGACAUCGCCAUGGCACCCUACGGCGAGCAGUGGCGUUUGGCGAAGAAGCUGUCCACCACGCACCUGCUUAGCGCCAAGAAGGUUCAGUCCUACCGCACUGCCCGUAAGGAAGAGGUGGAGCUAGUAAUCAACAAGAUCAUCCAUGGUGCGGCAGCAACACGCACGGUGGUGGACAUGAGCGAGCUGCUGAGCAAGUUCACCAAUGACAUAGUGUGCCGCGCCGUGGCAGGCCGGUCCUUCAGGGUGGAGGGCCGGGACAGGGUGUUCCGAGAGCUGAUCGACGAAGGCGCGGCCCUCGUGACCGGAUUCAACCUGGAGAACUUCUACCCUGCCCUCGCCAAGGCCGCGGGAGGCGUUCUCGUCUCGCCGGCGCGUCGCAAGGCUGAAAAGUUAAGGGAUACGUGGGACAUGCUUCUCGACAAGCUGAUCGACGAGCACGCGAGCGAGAUAGCUGCUGCUGCAACGCGUGUUGAGGAUGCUGGUGGUAGCGACCACGAGGAGUAUGACUUCAUACAUGUGUUGCUGUCCGUGCAGCACGAGUAUGGGCUCACCAGAGAAAGCAUCAAGGGUAUCUUGGAGGACAUGUUUGCAGCAGGCACGGACACAACGUACCUCAUCCUAGAAUUUGCCAUGGCUGAGCUCAUGCUACACCAAGAUAUUAUGGCCAAGCUACAGGAUGAGGUUAGGAGCACUAGACUCUGCCAAGAAGCCAUCAGUGAGGACAGUCUCUCCAGAAUGACUUAUCUGAAAGCUGUAAUCAAAGAAACGCUUCGUUUGCACCCACCGGCUCCGCUCCUCAUCCCGCAUCUCUCGUUAGAGGAUUGUGAUGUCGUUGACAACUUCAAAGUUCCUGCUGGCACGACUGUGCUCGUUAAUGUCUGGGCAAUCGGCCGGGACCCUCGGACGUGGGAUAAUGCGGAGGAGUUCAUGCCAGAGAGAUUCAUCCAUGAUGGAGAAAUCGGGGGAGUCGAUUUUAAAGGGAAGGACUUCCAGUAUCUGCCUUUUGGGUCAGGGAGAAGGAUGUGUCCAGGGAUGAACUUUGCAUUAGCCACCAUUGAGAUCAUGCUGGCAAAUCUUGUGUACCACUUUGAUUGGGAGCUGCCUAAAGGAGCAGAGAAGAUCGACAUGAGUGAAGUGUUCGGGUUGACAGCGAGGCGGAAAGAGAAGCUUCUCCUUGUCCCUAUCGCACGUGGUACGGUGUGCCCAUCAAAUGGGUAGGAAGAACUUACGUUUGAGUUCUGUUCCUUGCAGUGGUGGUUGCUUGAUGUGUACCUAAAAUGGACCUACUCGCUUUGUCGUUUUUCUUUGCAAUUAUGUGUCCGUACAUGUUCUGAUAUCUAUAUAUCAUAUUAAUGCAACAUCGACAAGUGAUAUUGCGUGUUCGAAUUC